UGAGACCUAUUUAAGGCAACUGGGCCACAGGAGUUGGAACAGAAGCAGUUUUCCUUUCACAGAUCACCAACUUGAUAGAAAAUUGAACAGAAAAAUGCUGAAAUUUUUCGCACUUUUGUCCUUCGCGGUUGUCGUGGCUGCCAGGGAGGGCAACUUUACCAAUAAUGGGAAAGAGGUGGAUACCAAGUCCGGCAAACUAAUCGACUGGUAUACUUGUGAGGCGCAGGGCAACUAUCCCGACCCCACGACGUGCGAUCACUACAUAGCCUGCACCACAGCCCUCCUUGCUUACCAAAUGCCUUGCCAAAUGGGACAAAGUGGGCGACUCUGGUAUGUCCGUGACUCUGGCCCUGUCGAAGCAGACUCUUAUUGCGACUACCCGAAAAAUGUUGACUGCGACCUUGCGCCUACUGACGCAACAACUCCACCACCUGCUAUUACUGACCCAGUCACCACCACCACUACUACCUCGGCCCCACCCACGACACCGGGUGGUUUGCUCUCAUGCGGACUAGUCAAGCCAGGUGGGAUCGUGACGGUGACCGAGGGCGAUGACUGUAACCCUAUCGAGGACUGUAAACAGUGCGGCGACUGUGGUCACUAUCUCGUCUGUCUUGUCGACAAGUGGGAGAAGAUAGGUUGUGAUGAAAACGAGGUCAAUGGGACCAUCAAAUUGGAUGAAAAACUUUUCUGGAGACCUUCCCACAGCGCGGCCGAUAUUGGUGGAGUUUGCAGCCCUUGGGCCCGCCUGAGCAACGAAACUAGGGAGACUUACAGGGAGGAUCCUAAUUGCAAAGAAAUCUGUAAAGUGAAAGCGGAUCCUGAGGGAAAUGUUCGAAAAUACUUGUAUACUGACCCAAACUUGGACCGGGGAACGUGGAAGGCACCGGCCUUCGAGUUUUGUUGUGAAGAAGGCACCCAGUUUGAUGAAACGAGGGAACAAUGUGUCCUCUGUACGACGGGUAACGACUGCACGGUACCUUGUCCUUAACCAUCUGGUACAUAAUUAUGUCAUAAUUUUCUGUCAUUGAUAAAAUUUCUGGAGAUGAAAUAAAGUAAAAACUUCCCUUCCUUAUCUGA